CAAAGCCUUAGUUUACUUACAAAUUUCCAAAAGUGACAUCAACAUGAAGGCGUUUCUUAUUCUUUACAUUAUCGUAAUUCUUCUGGUUUUUGGUAAGGCUCAGCUAUGCAAUCCCACGUGCACCAGGGAAAUGAAUCCACACUGCGGAGUAACCGCCGAGUGCCACGUACCUGCAGCCAACCUCUGCCUUUUGAGGUACAAAGCUUGCAUACUUGACCAACAUCACAUGUCACCAAUUAUCAAUGUUUUGCCUGGGCAUUGUCCUAAUAACUGGCCAAUAUGCCCAGAAAUUUAAAACUUUCUUUAACAUGAAGGCUUAUACUCUAUUCUUUCUAUUUACUAUAAGUAAAUCCUUUUUCUACCAAAUGUAACACAUUUUAAAAUGUUUUGAUUAAAGUAAUGCCCUUUGGGUUAAUUUAAAUAGAAAGAAAGUUAUUUGGAGUAUUUUAUAAAUAGGUGUAAUCCUUUUGAUUUCCUUAUAUUACAAACUUAUAUAAAAUA